GUAAUUCAGUACUUAUUCAACGUGCGUGGGGAGUGGACGUAUGUUGUUGUGACAAAGUUUUGACGAUUGUGAUCGUUUGUGAUCGUUUCUGUUCCACCAGUUGAAUACUUCUAUCACACUGGAUUUCCAAGCUGAUGAGGGCGUGAUGCGUGCGCCGGCGCGCGUGUGCCGCUGGUCGCAGGAGCCCGCACCGACCGCGCCCGCCGCGCCAGCGCCGUCGCCACUGCAUCCCUGCGAUGAUGAUAUCAACAACCGCCUGGCUAUAUGGCAAGGCGACAUAUCGACGCUCGAAGUGGACGCCAUCACCAACUCCACUGAUGAGACGCUGUUAGAGUGUAACGUGGUCAGCGAGCGGAUACUGCACACCGCCGGGCCCGACCUCAAGGAGGAGAUCGUCGACAGAGCGCUAGAAUGCCGCGUCGGCGAGGUGGUGGUGACGCCGGGUUUCGGUCUGCGGUGCCGUCACCUCAUACACACCGUGUGCCCCAACUACCGCGCCGAGUACCGGUCCGCUGCCGAGACCGCGCUGUACAACUGUUACAGGAACGUGUUGUGCGCGGCGAGCGAGAUGGGCGUAGGAUCUCUCGCUCUGUGCGUAAUCAGCGCGCCGCGACGGAUCUUCCCGACAGAUCUCGCCGCACAUGUCGCGCUACGCGCGAUACGCCAACACCUCGAGCGGUCGUCGUCACCGUCACUCGUCGUACUAGCGGGUUCCGCAUCGACUCUAGCGCCGCUUCGUGCACUCGCGCCGGCGUACUUCCCGCGCCGCGUCGCGCCCGCCCCGCCCCUGCCGCCGCCCGCUGACCGCCGCAUACGCAUCAUACACAACCCCCACUCGCAUGCCGCUCACGCGGACGACGACACAUCGUUAUGCGACGAGGACGCGGCGAUGGAGGCGGCUGCGGCGUUCGCGCGCGCGUGCUCGCCCGACACGCAGCGCCUGCUGCCGUCCGCGCGCCCGCCGCCCGUACGACGCGUCAACACCGACCAAUAUGAGCGGCUACUACGGCGCGCGCGCAGUGAAGACCUGAGUUCGGUAUCUGGCAUUGGCUGCCUGUACCAGAGCGGCGUGGACCGCCUCGGCCGGCCCGUCGUCGUCUUCAUCGGGAAGUGGUUCCCCAUCUCGGACAUCGACUUGGAAAAGGCGUUGCUGUACCUGAUCAAGCUGCUGGACCCGAUCGUCCGCGGCGACUACGUGAUCGCGUACUUCCACACGCUCACCUCCGCCAACAACCACCCGCCGUUCUCCUGGCUCAAGGAGGUCUACACCGUGCUGCCUUACAAAUAUAAGAAGAACCUGAAAGCGUUCUACAUUGUUCAUCCAACGUUUUGGACUAAAAUGAUGACGUGGUGGUUCACGACGUUCAUGGCGCCGGCGAUCAAGGCGAAGGUCCACAACCUGCCGGGCGUGGAGUUCCUGUACGCCGCCAUGCCGCGCGACCAGCUCGAGGUGCCCGCCUUCGUCACCGAGUACGACAUGACGAUAAACGGUCUACACUAUUUCCAGCCGGACACGAGCAGCACGUAAGAGCUGACGGACAGACGGACACGCCGACAUACAUACAUACGGGAAAACAUGCAUACGACGAAGC